AUGGGUCCUUUUGCGGACUCAAGGGAUUUCUAUGCCUUUCUCUUCAGCCCGGCCUCUCCUCAUGGCUUUGGUUCAACUGUAGAGUACGAGGAAGCAUUGUCGUGUGCGAAGAAGAUUCAGCAACGUUCCCAUUGGAUAACAUUUAACCACGGGGAUUUCAAGGCUCAUAACAUCCUUGUCGAUGAGGAAGAGCAUCUGUCUGGGUUUCUGGAUUGGGAGUCUGCGGGCUGGUAUCCUGAAUACUGGGAGUAUACAACAGCAAUGAUGUUCGGAAAAGAUAGUUGGUGGUUUCAGGCGGCUUCGUGGAUGGGAGGAGACCAGUAUCUUGAGGAAUUAGCCUCUGGCGUCGCCUUGAACUUGCUGACGGUCGAUUCCUACAUUGCCUUUUAG